AGAAGCAAGCCUGCGGGGGAGGGGGAGCAAGUGGGCUGCUGCUUUUAGCAGCUGAAAGGGCUGCAGGGAGCGCUGGGUAAGACAUUUUCUGCUUCUGCUUCUGCGGUAGAAGCUGCCGUGAGUAAGUCAGAGGAAGGAGGAUCGAGAGGGAGGAGGCUUCAUUUGCAGCCAUGCUGAAUCACUGUUGCUGAUCAGAUCUCCCGCUGGUCUCCCGGGAGAACUAGGAACCGAGCUGGGAUUCCUCGUACAUGCACAAUCCGGUGGCUACCACCCCUGCUGGGCCUCGCACAAUGGAGGGUGAAAGCAUCAAGCCAGGCUCCCAGCCCCCGAUACAGGCUGGAGAUGAUGAGAAGAACCAGAGGACAGUCACAGUCAACCCUGCCCACAUGGGGAAGGCAUUCAAGGUUAUGAAUGAACUGCGGAGUAAGCAGCUGUUGUGUGACGUGAUGAUUGUGGCGGAAGAUGUCGAGAUAGAAGCCCACCGUGUGGUCCUGGCAGCCUGCAGCCCCUACUUCUGUGCGAUGUUCACAGGUGACAUGUCUGAGAGUAAAGCCAAGAAGAUUGAAAUCAAGGAUGUGGAUGGGCAGACGCUCAGUAAGCUGAUUGACUACAUCUAUACUGCUGAAAUCGAGGUGACUGAAGAGAACGUCCAGGUGCUGCUCCCAGCAGCCAGUUUGCUGCAGCUCAUGGACGUUCGGCAGAACUGCUGUGACUUCCUACAGGCUCAGCUGCAUCCCACCAACUGCCUGGGCAUCCGUGCGUUUGCUGAUGUGCACACCUGCACUGACCUUCUGCAGCAGGCCAAUGCCUAUGCAGAGCAGCACUUUCCAGAGGUGAUGCUGGGGGAAGAAUUUCUUAGCCUAAGUCUGGACCAGGUGUGCAGCUUGAUAUCCAGUGACAAGCUGACCGUGUCUUCGGAAGAAAAGGUGUUUGAGGCUGUGAUUUCCUGGAUCAAUUAUGAGAAAGAAACGCGUUUAGAGCACAUGGCAAAGCUGAUGGAGCAUGUCCGGCUCCCCCUCUUACCUAGGGACUACCUGGUCCAGACUGUGGAAGAAGAAGCGUUGAUAAAGAAUAACAACACCUGUAAGGACUUCCUCAUUGAGGCAAUGAAAUACCACCUGCUCCCUCUGGACCAGAGGCUACUGAUUAAGAACCCAAGGACCAAACCCAGGACUCCAGUCAGCCUACCAAAGGUCAUGAUUGUGGUUGGUGGCCAGGCGCCCAAGGCAAUCCGUAGUGUGGAGUGCUAUGAUUUCGAGGAGGACCGGUGGGAUCAGAUUGCUGAACUUCCGUCUCGGAGAUGCAGAGCAGGUGUGGUGUUCAUGGCUGGCCACGUGUAUGCUGUGGGCGGGUUUAACGGCUCGCUGCGGGUACGGACGGUGGAUGUGUAUGACGGGGUGAAGGACCAGUGGACGUCCAUCGCCAGCAUGCAGGAACGCCGGAGCACACUGGGUGCAGCGGUGCUCAACGACCUGCUCUACGCCGUGGGAGGCUUUGACGGCAGCACUGGCCUGGCGUCGGUAGAAGCCUACAGCUACAAGACCAACGAGUGGUUCUUUGUGGCCCCGAUGAACACGCGGCGGAGCAGCGUGGGUGUGGGAGUUGUAGAAGGGAAGCUGUACGCCGUUGGGGGUUACGACGGGGCCUCCCGCCAGUGCCUGAGCACCGUGGAGCAGUACAACCCAGCGACCAACGAGUGGAUCUACGUGGCGGACAUGAGCACCCGCCGUAGUGGCGCAGGGGUUGGGGUGCUCAGCGGACAGCUGUAUGCCACAGGUGGGCACGACGGGCCGCUGGUGAGGAAGAGUGUUGAGGUUUACGAUCCCGGAACAAACACCUGGAAGCAGGUGGCGGACAUGAACAUGUGCCGGCGCAAUGCAGGGGUCUGUGCAGUGAAUGGGCUGCUGUAUGUGGUCGGCGGAGAUGACGGCUCCUGCAACCUGGCCUCGGUAGAGUACUACAACCCGGUCACCGACAGAUGGACGCUGCUGCCGACCAACAUGAGCACUGGGCGCAGCUACGCAGGUGUUGCUGUGAUUCACAAGUCCUUGUGACCCAGGAGGUGGAGCAAGGAGCAAGUUCUGCCUGUGACUCACAACUGCAGGGCCACGAAAACUGGAUGGAACUCCUGGGGAGGGUCCACGGGGUUGUGACAACUGCCCUCCUCCCGCUGGGCACACUGAUGUCAUCCCCAGCAGAGUGGCAGAGUGGACACUGGCCACCUCCUCCUGUUCCCCUGAGGUGCUUUGGUCUCUGCUCCUGACAGCAGGCCCGGAAGCAUCUCUAGGCUUUUAUUUUUGGAGUUUCUACAGGGACACCAGGGAGCCUGGAAUGUGUGUGCAUGUGUGUGUGUGUGUGUGACGUGGUGUUUCACUCAGUUGAGGGGUGAAGAUGUGUGCUAGUCUACUGGAUUUCUUUACUACUGAUCCUUUUGCGAUGCUGAAAAUCAAAUCACAGAAACCUGUCUCCUGGAGUUGUCCCCGGGGACCCAGGACUACUAAAGCUGCUGCCUCCUGGAGCCCCAGCUGGACAGGCUGAGAAUAUCCCACAGUGACCGGCCGGCGGGAGGAGCACCCUCCGACCAUGCCCACGUACAGGACUUGACUACCGCAACUCUGUCUGCAGACGGGCUGGGGCCUUCUCGGAGCUGUGCCACAUCCUCUCUCUGCUCGACCGUGGAACAGACAGCUCUCGCAGGAGCCUCAGCCGGCCCUGCUUCCUUGGGCCGUCCUCAGGAAGAAGCUAAGGACUGUCCAUUCUUCAGGCCGGGGCCUGCGCUCUCUGAUGUCAUGGACUCCAGGAUUGGGAGGUUUUGUGUCUCUUGAGGUGGGAAAAGCAACUCUUUAGAGAAGCCACAGGGUGCACACUGGAGGAAGAAAAUACAGAGGAAAAAGAAACACAAAAACAGGAAGCCAAAGUGCUAACGGUUCAGUCUCUGCCCGUGGCAGCCUCAGAGAGGGGUCUUCCUUCUGGGUCUUCCAAGGCUCGGCAUCCCCAGUUCACUUCCUAUGCAGGCUUCAUGCUUAACAGGGCGCCGUCUUGCUCUCAGAAGUGUUCUGGUUUGCAGGGUAAGUCAAAGGUCACCUCCCUCCAAGCUCAGAGGUAGGUGUACAGGAGCACGUGUUGUUCAGAUGGGCGGCGGCGGAGCUGGCCCUCAGCUCUAGUGGUGAUGCUCCAGCUGUCUAGGGCCUUGGCUUCCUUUCCUGGGGCUCCCCCCGCUCUUGCAGGGUCUGUCCUCUCUCCCCAGUAGCCAGCACACACCCUCCUCUCCCCCUUGCUUCUCCUGUUGGGGAAGGGGAUGGUGAUGGGCUCUGGAUUUGAGAGCUCUCCUGGGGAGAGCUUGGUGAGAGCUUUGCUAAUUCACAUGGAAAACUUGUUAAUGACAGAACUUCAAGUACCCAGAGGGUACUUGAGAGUGUGGAGUCUUUUGCUAUACUGUUCCUAAACUAGCAAAUUGCCUGUGUUGGAAUUUCUGCCAUGAGGAGUGCGGAGCCACCGUCCUGGAGAACGGUUUCACGCCUCAGGGACUACGGCACGGUUUGCGUGGGAAUUCUGACAGCUAGGCUUUGCACAAGCAGAGAGCACAGGACGGUGGCACUUCUCACCAUGAGCUCCUAUAGUUAGAAACCCGGACAGCUCCUGGGCUGGUUGGCUGCUCUGUGUGUUUCCUGUGUGCUGUGCCCUAAAUGUGCAAUUAUCCUGCAGACCAAACUCCUCUCUCUGGUGUUAAGCAGAUGUCAGUUCAGUAGGACAUUUGGAGAGCACCAAGGCACUCAGAGGUGUUCGUAGCCUUGGGGAGAGGCUAAAACAUCCAGAUCUGGUGGACCCUGAAGAAGUGUCCCUGAAGGAACCCUGGAGUGUUGAGGUUGGGUUCUCUGCUCUUUCCUGGUGCUGGGGUGAGACUGGUUCUCGAGCUCUGUCUGGCUGUCUGCUGAUGGAAAGAGCCUUUCAUUGCAGACGUCAUGGUGGGCAUGCAGUGUGGUGGGGAGGAGGUUGGGGAUUGGGGUCUGAUGAGAGGUCAGAUCCUCAUCCCUAGCCCCACCUCCGAGAAGCCAGGCUUUCGUGCUUCUGUGGAGGAGGUUGUGUGUCCUGGGCCGACUUCCCAGAGAGGGCCUCCCCUGCGAGCUGCCCACUCUGGUUUUUUGCUUCUGGGUUUCUGUCCUCCCUCCCACUCGUGCCCCGUUCCUCGGAAGCCCUGCCUCUGCUGGUGGUGCUGCUGAGGCCACGUUUGUUUCGUCCCCACGUCCUUCCUUGAGGGGACCAGAACGCGGGAGCCUCCUUACCCAAAAGCCAAUCUGUUCUAGUUGCCUACAGAGGCCACCCCAAAACUGCUGCCUCCUCAUCGCCCGGUGCCUCUCUCUCCACCCUGGACGCAGCAGACUGUUCUCAGGCCUCUGCUGGCUGCUCAGGGUGGCCACUGCUUGAUUGUGACUGCAGCUCUGCCCGUGGCGAAGCUGAAAUUCGAUGGCAGUGCUGAAAGGGAAUUGAGGCCCACGGCUAGAAGCAGCUUAGACGCCACUUGGGUACUGAUGUGAACAAUGCAGAAAUCAGAUUCUGAACUCCACAGUUCUUUCUCCUAAGUACCCAAUGGCAUCUCUCCAUCUAACAAGUUGCAGUGUUAUGCAAAUGACAAUGACCUCAUUUUCUGCUAUGCAAUAAGAAUACUUAAUUCUAUUUCAUGACAAGCCAGUUGCAAUAUCCCCUAAGAUGCUUUUUGAGCUGUCUUACUUUGAUAUCUGCUGUGUAAUGUUUGUAUGUUUCUGAGCCAGAUCCUUUCGAAGAUUGCUUUUUUAUAAAAUUGAAGCUAUAGCUUUCAGGCUAAAAUUUUAAUGUAGAUAUUUUUUAUAAGAUAAUUUUCCAAGAUAUCUGAAUCACUUUUUAUUGUCCACAAUAUGCAAUGUUGUCUUCUCUCUGUUGUUCACUCGCAAAGCAUAGCCUAUGCCUUGCAGCCAUCUUCCUGUUCUCACUUUCCCCAAACAGAUUUUUCUGGAGCUCCAGGUAGAUGGGUCUCCUGUUCUGUACUAUAUUCAAGUGAGACUGCUGAAUUUAAAAACGUGGCCACUGGUGUUUCUUGAAUUGCUAAGGGCUAAGGUCAAGGUUGACUCAGCGUUUACCCAUUAUAUUGCUUGUCUGUUUUUUUUUUUUUUUUUGAGUCUGCUUUAUGCAGGCGUGAGGUUGGGUUGGCCCAUCUUGUGGUGCCUCUUGCUACAUGGCACUGUGCCUGGCACACUGUGGCACAGAAAGGCCCCAGAGAAGGCUGGCCCUCCAGGGUCUGCCCCAGAGUGUCCUGGACUCGGCAGACCAUUCUUCCUUUACUUCCUCCCCCUCGAUCUUCAGCUGCCAGUAGCUGUGGCCUUUGCUGCCAAGUUGUGUCCUUUUUGGACUUUAAAAGACGGGUCACUCCUCACAGUCCCUAGUAAGAAUGUGUUAAAUGCGUGCUCUGCGAAUGCUUCCCUGUGUUUAAACUUUAUGUCUACACUCCAGGCUCUGUGUUGCGUGUUUAUCUGCCAUUAGCCUCAUGGUUUUUUCCUUUUUUUUAUCAUUGUUGGAACAGGUGCCAUUUAGAUCACCUCCAUGCUCCCCAUUUGCACCCACUUAGUUCACGCUGAGAGGCUGCCAACUCAGAUUCCAGUCAGCUGGAAUUUUUAAGGCUCUGUUUGCUUGGAGAAGCAGGAGGUUGGAAUGUAUUUUUUCUUCCUUGUUUGCACUAUGUACAGUCCUGAGCCCCUCAUGUUCAGCUGUGCUGUGUAGCUGCUGACCACGCAGGCAAGCCAGCAGCACUGCCCACAUCUGGGAAAGGAAGCAGCGUCUUCCAUAGUGGCUGAUCACAGCCUCAUAGCCCCUGCGCACCCUUUGUCAUGGACUCAGUGACUCAUGGACAUGGCACUGUGGCAUUUGCAGGGACAAGUGGCCCUAGUGCUGUGUUCUUGCCUUGGGUUAUGAGAUAGUAAAUUAUCCCCCGCCCCUUUCAGUGGCAAUAAAGAGCUUGGUUGGACUUCUUGUUCAUUUGUAUAUGGCAUGUAACAUAUUUUCUCUGUAAGAACACUCAAGACUCGGACUGUGUGUGACUGCAUGGGUGCUGUCCCUUUUGCUUAUCAGGGGCAGGUGGACUUGAACACUGGCACCCAGUACAGCACGGCGCACAGGGGAGCUCCCUGACCUGGGGUGCUCUGCGUGGAUGGUCGGGACCACGUCUUUUGUAAAAGCACACUUGCCACAUGCCUAUGAGUUGCAGCCAUAGCUGAAGAAACAUUUCCUCCAAUGUAUUGUUGUUCCAGGAAUCAUGUUCUAGUCUCCCGUACUUUAUGUUUAAUUUUAAUAAAAGCUGU